UUGUCUUAUACAAUUUUUAGCAUGACCAUUUAAUACAAUUAGGUGGUACAAGUUUAAAAGAAUUCUUGAGUUGUGCACUCCGUCAAGUAAUGACCGAUGAAUUGGUCUUAAAUUUCACGUGGCAGAAGCAGAAAGACACUGAAAAGUUUGGGGACACAAGGAUUUCUAAUAUUUUUUUUCAAGCUGCUGUGAACUGCCCCUUAUUUAUUGGACCGGAUAGUAAGGCAGCAUAUAAAGAAGCUAUGUUAGGAGUACUGAAAAGUGCAAAACAAAGGUGUCGUAACAAAUUAAAAAAAAUUCCUAACCACGACCUUGAAAAAAGAGUAGAAAAAGCAAUAGAGAAUACAAUAAGUGCUUUAUUAGAACCAGAAGCAAGCAAUGAUGGUUCAGAAGCAGAUGUGGAAGAUGAAGAUGAAGAAAUGGAUUCAUUCGAUUAUGAAGAAGACGAGAAUUUUUGAUUAAUCAUUGGAACUUUUUUAAUAUUAAUGUUGUCAAAUUCGUGAUUUAAAUAUUUGUUUGUUAUAUAAAAUAUCAAGAAAAUUAUUCAUUUUCGUUUAUGGGCAUAUCUCUGGAACCUUUAACUUUCAUGUCCCUCGCAUAUAUUUCGAUAAUUUCAAUAACUUUUUACUUUAUUUUUGUUGGAAAUAUUAAAGCUUGAUAAGAUGAAUCAGUUCCAAAAGGUUUUACAUUAAUUUAUUAAAUAUAUCAAUAAUUAUUCCAAUCUGAGUGCCCGAUUUUUUACAAUAUCUACUUGUCCCUAACCAUACUCUCGGAUGGGUUAAACGAUAAAACUUUGUAAUGAAUAAGAGUUACUAAUUCUAAGACGCAUCUUUUUAAAGUUAAUUAAACAGUGAACACUUUUCCGUAUGAAAAUUAAAAAUUUGUUAAUUUUGAAAAAAGUUAUAAGCUUUCAAACGUUGUCCCUCACUUUUAACCUUUUUGAUCGUAAUCGAGAUAUUUAUCAUUUUUCAUUAAUAAGACAAAUGGCACAUCAAAAUGACUUACGGGAAAUAAAAGUUCAAAUUAUUAGAAUUAUUUUGAGACAUAGUAAAUUGAUGUGCCUCGUGUCUUCAAAAAACUGUUGUAAUUUAAAUAACAGAAAACACGCGCGUACAAAAUUUGAAAACGACCGUAAUUCGAGUGAUACUCCACGAAAAUCAAAUAAAAGUAUUUUAAAAGUACUUGUAAAUAUUUUCGCAUGUGCCAUUUAACAUCCCGUGAAUGUGCUUCAAGAAAAAAUACUUUAUUGCAAAGAUAAUGUAAAAAUAUUUGUCAAUUACGGUCGACCGUAAUCAACCAAAAGUUUUUAGAAAAGAAAUUGUUAAGUAUGAAGUUGUCGAUUCUCACUUUUUUAUAGAAACUGUUAAUAAAUAAAACUGAAGGUUAAGUUUCAAUGUUUAUAUUUUGAUUUUUUAGACAGAAUAAAUGAUCGAAAAAAAUAAGAUAUAUAAGAAAAAAGAAAAAUAGAAAAAAAUGAAUAGAAAUUGGAAAGUUUAUGAGUGUUAAAUUUAAAUAAAAUGUAUCUGGAAAUUGCAAGGUAAACUUUAUACAUUAUAAUUUCAUAUUUUUACAAUUCAGUUUAAUUAAA